AUGGCAUCCACUUCAGCAACAAGCAACCUUGGCCAAAUCCAAUGGCAACAAAAAUCCUUGAACGAGCUCCAUCAACAAAUGGAAGACUGGGAGCUCGCAUUCCAAGACACAGCACCUAAACACAUUCUCGUAUGCGAGAUCACCCAAGAAGAGUUCCGUCGUCGCAUAUCCUCCAUUCCAAGUCAUGACGACAUCAGUGACCCUCAUGGCACGGAACGCGACGCUCAAGCGGACCUCGUGGAACAAUACAUCAACGCUCGCUUCGACGUCCGGAAUAAAUCGCUUUUUGAGUAUCAUAAACAGAAGUUUACCGAAUCUCGAGUGAGAAGAUUCCGCGAGCAGAUGAUGAAUGAGUAUGAAGACAGGUUGCUUGCUCAUCUGUUGGAGCCUGAUGGUAUUGCGGAGCCGUCCCCGCUGGACUUUGCGAUGUUUGUUAAGAGUUAUUUUGUGGAGAGGGGGCUUGAGGAGUAUCUUGAGAAGGGGGAUCUGGAGGCGAAGGUAAGGAAUGAGUUGUGUGCUAAUGAAUUACAUCUGUGGCUCUCGGAAUAGAAUGUAUCUGAUUUGAUAAUAGGAAAUAGUCGAUUUGCAUUUCGCAAAGGCUUCACGGUCUACAUAA